UGGCCGUGGACAGGGCAGGGCCAAAGAAAGUCUGGCACGGAUGGAGCAAGCAGGGGUGCAGCUCGAGGGCGGUGUUCACCCCUCCUGACCCCCACUCACUGCUUAAUGGGAUCUGGCGCUGAAGUCCGGUGAGGGUGCCAUUGUUAUCUAGCCAACUGCCUCAUUUCUUUCAGUUUUAAGUUUUCUCAUCCAUAUACAUAUUAUUCCACCAUCCUGGAUUUAUGUUGGGAAUGAGUACAAGAGACCAAACAUUAAUUUAAUGCCUUCUAUAUACCAAGUCUUUUUCUGAGCAUUUAUUAAUUUAGCGAUUACUUUCAAGGACCUGUGAAAUUGAUACUAUUAGUAUCCCCAUUUUACAGACGAGCAAAUGAGCAAAUUGAGGUUAUGGCACUGACCCAAGAUUACACAGCCAGGAAGUGGCUGAGGCAGGAUUUGUGCCCCGAACCUCUGGCUGCAGAAGUCUGUGACUUAAACCACUGAGUAUACAAGAGAAAGUCAUGGAGAAGGCAUGUAGUAGGCACACAAUCAAUCUCUUCUCACAGGACGAGCCACCAGCCCAGACUCUCAAGAUGGCCUUUGUCCCUGCACCCGGCUACCAGCCCACCUACAACCCGACUCUGCCCUACAACAAGCCCAUCCCUGGAGGCCUCAGCGUGGGAAUGUCCAUUUACAUCCAAGGAGUGGCUAGCGAGCAUAUGAAAAGGUUCUCCGUGAACUUCGUGGCGGGACAGGGCCCCGGGGCCGACAUCGCCUUCCACUUCAAUCCCCGUUUUGAUGGCUGGGACAAGGUGGUCUUCAAUUCGCAGCAGGGCGGCCAGUGGGGCAGUGAGGAGAAGAAAAGGAGCAUGCCCUUCCGCAAGGGCACCCCCUUCGAGCUGGUGUUCAUGGUCCUGCCAGAGCACUACAAGGUGGUGGUAAAUGGAAAUCCGUUCUAUGAGUUUGGGCACCGGCUCCCUCUACAGAUGGUCACUCACCUGCAAGUGGAUGGGGACCUGGAGCUUCAAUCAAUCAAUUUCAUCGGAGGCCAGCCGGCCCCAAGCCAGACCCCCAUGGUUAUUCCAGCAUAUCCAGGUUCUGGAUGCAAGCCUCCGCUGAAUAGCCUGCCGACCAUGGAGGGACCCCCAAUCUUCAACCCGACUGUGCCAUUUAUGGGAAAACUGCAAGGGGGACUUACAGCCCGAAAAACCAUCAUAGUCAAGGGCUACGUGCCUCCCACAGGCAAGAGGUUUGCCAUCAACUUCAAGGUGGGAUCCUCCGGGGACCUGGCUCUCCACAUUAACCCCCGCCUGGUCGAGGGCACCGUGGUUCGGAACAGCUAUCUGAACGGCUCGUGGGGAUCCGAGGAGAAGAAGAUCUCCUACAACCCGUUUGGUUGUGGCCAGUACUUUGAUGUGAGUCUGGCUUUCUUUCCCACUUCCCUCCAAUGCCUCUGUCCUGGCCAUAGCCUCAUGCCUGCCCCUCUCCCUGCAGCUGUCCAUUCGUUGUGGCAUCGAUCGUUUCAAGGUUUAUGGCAACGGCCAGCACCUCUUCGACUUCUCCCAUCGCCUUUCAGCCUUCCAGAGGGUGGACAUUCUGGAGAUUGAGGGUGAUGUCACCUUGUCCUAUGUCCAGAUCUGAUCUAUUCCUGGGAGCACACAGAGAAAGAUCCCACAAGACUCCAUUUUAAGCUUCUAAUAAACUAUCUGAGGGUGUCUAA